UCUAAAACGACGCCAGAUGAAAUUGACAGUUCAGUCGAAAGAGUCUAGUCUUUAAAAUUUUUGCUAUUACAUUUACAAUUCUACUUUGAAGUAAAGCAAAAAUAUAUCUAAUCUGUUUUAAAUAAUGUUUUAAAAUCUAAUGUUUUAAAAUUUUUUAUUCCGAAUAUGUCGAAAAAAGGGAAAGGAAGAGGACGGGGAAGAGGUAGAGGCACAAAUUUAGAUCUGCAGUUGGAAAAUAAUUUGAGGGUUGAGCCUAUUGUUGGCAAACAAGAAGCUUUUCCUUCUCUGCCACAGCAUUCUAAUGUAGGCAUUGAAAAGGAGUCAACUUCUGGCAGCACAAGUGGUUCUUCCUCACCAUUAUCUGAUGCAGCACAUUCUGUUCCUGCAGGUAAAGGUAGAGGCAAAAAACAACAAAAGAAAAUUCCUGAUGAUGCAUCUGAAGAAAUAAAGAAGUUGCUUUUAGGAACAACGUUAAAAAAAGAUGACACUGGUGCUUCUUUUAGUAAGAAGUCUACAAAGUUUGCUCCUAGACCUAAUUAUGGAACUGCUGGUCGAUCGAUACAGUUGAUUAGUAAUUAUUUUACUCUGAAAUUCAAGGCUGGAAUUAUUUACCAUUAUGAUGUGGAAAUUAUCUCUCUAAAUCAAGUUAAAAAGUAUGGAAAACCAGUUAAAAAAACGACUGCUGCUGAAGCUGCAGAAGCCGGAAUUCCUCGUCUUGAACAUGAGAUUGAUAAAAAUGUUGGAAAGGAGAAAUGCAGAGAUGUUUUUAAUCAGUUUGUAAAAAACAAAUCAUUUGAAAUCUACAAUCCUGUAUAUGAUGGAGUAAAAAAUAUUUAUACUUCAAAACCUUUACCCUUUGACAGCAAAUCGAAAUUUGUUAUAGAAGUGGAAGUUAAUCAGAAGCUGCGCUCAUUUGAAGUAAUUAUCCAACCGGUCAGAAAAGAAAAUGGCACUAAUGCUAUUGAUUUAAAUUCUUUACUGAAAACUUAUGAAGGGCAAAAUGAAUUUCUUAUGGCUCUGAAUUCUGUAAUGAAUCAUCGAGAACCUGACUGUUCUCAAAUUCAUUUGGGACAGACUUUUUUUUAUCUCAGUCAACCAAAUAAAAUUUCUCUUGGUGAAGGUCUGGAAAUCUGGUUUGGUUAUAAUCAGCAUAUCCACAUAACUAAUGAUGGUCCUGCUGUUGUAAUCAACUUGGCAGCAAAAGCGUUUCAUAAAGCAGGACCUGUUGUAGAUUACAUAAGCGAUGUUUUGAGACGAGAUAUCACUCAAGGCAGUGCUAUCCAACAGUAUGAAAUUAGAAAGAUUGAGGAAGCUAUGAAAGGAUUAAAAAUUGAAGUUACACAUCUUCCUUAUCGCAGGAAGUAUGUUGUUCAAGGAAUAUCAAAGUUAUCAGCAGAAGAUUUGAAAAUGAAUUUUGAUGGAAAAGAAAUAUCAGUAGCACAUUAUUUUCAGACAAAAUAUGGUAAACUGAGAUAUCCUUAUUUACCGUGUUUAUAUAUGAGAACAACCAAUAAUCAAACUUAUAUACCACUUGAAAACUGUUCAGUAAUGGAGGGACAGCCUAAAAUGGGGAAACUUAGUGGACCAUUGACUUCAAAAAUGAUUAAACAAACAGCAGUGAAUCCCACAGAGAGAUUUCUGGCAAUAGAGGGAAGUGCUAAAGUAGUGCGUAAAGAAAGUGGGAAACAAAUGGAAAAUUACAAACUAUUUAUGGAUCUCGUACCUAAGAAAGUAGGAGGUCGAGUAAUCAAUUCUCCAUCAUUAAUUUAUCGUGAUAAUAGUUUUUGUAAUCCUGACAAUCGUGGAGUUUGGAGAAUGGAUGAUAAAAGUUUAUACAGAACCUCCAAUGAUGUUGCACCAUGGAUCUUGCUGUGUUUUUCAGAGAAUACCAGAGAUACUGCUCUUGAUAGGUUUAUUGAUAUAUUUGUACGCACUGGAAGAAAAGUUGGACUUAAUUUUGGCCAACCUCUUGAAAUAAGAAAUUUUCGCAGACAGGAUACUGUUGAGAAAGCACUGAUGAAUGCCAAGAAGACAAAUGCUAAAUUUGCUAUAAUAGUUCUUUCAAGAAGAGAUAAUGCUCAUAACUAUGAUGAAAUUAAAUUUAUAGCUGAUUAUAAGCUGUCAUUUGUUACUCAAUGCAUAGAAGAUAGUGUUUUGGGCAGAAUUAAUGAACAGAUUGCAGUUAAUAUCUGUUUGAAAAUUAAUGUCAAAUUGGGUGGUGUCAAUCAUGCUCUAAAAGAUAAACCAAGAAUUCUCUCCCGACCAAUUAUUAUCUUAGGAGCUGAUGCUGUACACUCCCCUCGUGGUUCUGGAUGCCCCUCCAUUGCUGCAGUAGUUGGAAGUAUGGAUGCUUUUCCCUCAAAAUAUAAAGUUGAAUGCAGAACGCAAGACAAUCCUGAUGGCAGUAAAAUCUCACAAGAAAUUAUUUUAGAUAUUAAAGAAAUGGUAAAGAAUCUUCUUAAUGCCUUUUAUCACAGUACUAAAGGUAAAUAUCCAGAGAAGAUAAUUUUUUUCAGAGAUGGUGUAAGUGAAGGGCAGUUUCAAAUAAUUAGAGAUAAAGAAGUCAGUGCGGUUCAGAAAGCAUCACAAGAUGUUAUUGGCGUCAUUGUUCCAAUUACAUAUAUAAUUGUUCAAAAGAGACAUCAAACUAGAUUUCGACCAUUUAAUCCUAAAGAUGGGAUUGGCAGGGGAGGUAAUGUUCCUCCUGGAACAACUGUUGAUCAAGGUAUCACUCAUCCUGAACUUUUUGAUUAUUUUUUGACUAGUCAUGAAGGAAUACAAGGCACUAGUAAACCAGCACAUUACACAGUUCUGCAUGAUGACAAUAAUUUUGAUGUUGAUGAACUUCAAAUGCUAUGCUAUCAUCUUUGUUUCAUGUAUGGAAAAUGUAACAGGAGUGUUUCCAUACCAGCUCCUGUCAUGUAUGCUGAUCUUGCCUGUUAUCGUGCUAAAAAGUAUGCCGACUUUCACAUUAAUAAAGAGCCGCCUUCUUAUAAUUCUGGUUCAAGAUUGCCAGAUCAUGUGCGACGUGCUAUUGAUAGUAUGGGGAAAUAUGAAACUAGCAUGUUUUUUAUUUAAAUAAUUCAAUUUUCUUGUUUUUCAUUUAAAUAAAAUUUUAAAUGUUUCUGUUUGGCUUGCAUUUGUGUGCAAGAAUCUUGUUUUAAUGGCAGAAGUUCCUUUUUCUAGUAUUGUAAGUAAUUUUAUGGAUUUACUUUGUUAAUACGUGUAAGUAUUUUUAAAAUUCUCUUUUUCACUUUAUUCACAAUGUACAUUUGACUUGGUGUUUUACUUUCUGGAAGUUUAAAAAAGAACUCCUAAUUGCUAUUUUUAGUAAUUAAGGCCCAUGUUUAUUAUUUUUUUUAUGCAACUGUCAAAUAUUCAUUAUUGAAAUUCUAUUGCAAUUUUAGAACAUUUAUUGAACUUAAACAUUUACUGUAAUUUUUGUGAUGUCUCGACCUCUUUCUCUAUUUUGCAUUUAUAAAUUUAAUUUUUUGAAAGCCCAGAUAAAUAUUGGAAUUUCAAAUACUAGUAAAAAAAAAAUUAAUCAUUUUAAAAUAUUGUGUACAUAUUCAGCUUUCGACACAUAUGUUUUGAUGCUAGAAAUUUACACAUUUUAUUGAAACAUCUUUACUUUAAAAAUCUGUGUAAAUAAUGCUAGUGAUAUUUUUUAAAAUUCAGUUACCAUCAAAUAUUUAUAUCAACACAACAUGUUUUCUUAUGAUCUGCAAGUACAUAUCAUGGCAUUAUAUGACAAUUCAUUUGAUUAAAAAAAAAAAUACUUGUGACUAGUUCCUGAGAAAUCAUUUACACUGUUUUUAAGUGAAAUAUGAAGGAGAAUGCUUGACAUUAAAAUUGAAACAUUUGUCAUUUAUUCUCCUUAAUUCUGAAAAACAUUUUCACCGAAAUUUUGUAAGUUUAUAUUUUUAAAAUAUUUCAAAACAAGAUUUAAAGUAUUCAGAACUGUCAUUACUGAUUUUAAUUAAUUUUUAGAUGACAUUAUUUGAUCAAUAUUGCUCUGAAUGAAUGAAUUUCAUGAUACUAACAACAUUUUUUAAAAAUGUUUUAGUAGAAAGUAGGUACUUAACAAAAUUGUUGUGUAUUACUGUUGAAUAUAAAUGUAUUAGCUUCCAUUAUGUGAUAAUUUCUUUUUUCACUUUUUUAAAUUUAUAAAAGACUUAAGUAAAAUUAUUUCAUUUCCACUACUUUUGAUUUUUAUUUAAUGAUUGUUCAUAGCAUUUGUAAACAUUUUAGUCACUUCUUAGCUCUUCUAUUUGUGAUGUGUCAAAUGUAUGUAGUUCAAAUAUAAUUGUCCAUUAUUUUAGUUUUUUUUUUUUUUUUUUUUUUUAAUAAAAUGGGGAUUGUAGUGAAGAUGAAUUCAUUUUUAAUGGAUUUUAUUGAUAUUUUAUUUAUGUCUUUAUUAUUAUUAUUGAAAGCAUAAAAACCUGAAUAUUGUCUUGUAAGUAGUUUUAGCGUGAUAUUUAUUCAAAUGUAAUAUUUUCUUUGAAGAAUAUUAAACCUAAUAUUUUAAUUAUUGUUGUAUGUUGAUUACUAUCUUGUUGUUUAGAAAGCAACAUCUACCCUGCAUAUUUCAGUUUUUAAAAUUGUACAAAGGAAAGGGGAGGGAACUAAAUUUUUUUCAAUGAAUAUUUAUAAUUUUUUUUUUCACAUUUACUAUAUGAGAUUGCUUGUUUAUAUCAGAUGUGAAGAAGGGGGAGGAAACAAAAUGUUUGUUAAUUGGUUGUGAUUUUUUUUUUUUGACUUUUAGAAUUAAGUUGCAUUUAAAUGUAUUCCAUAUUAGACUUUUAGAUUAUUUGUAGCAUGGUAGAUAAAUUGUAUUCGCUCUUAUCUAUGCUACUUAUUCUGUUUUUUCUUUGGGAUCUUGUGUGACUUUUUAUGUUUUGAAAUCACCAGUUGUGUUAUAUUUAUAUUUUAUUUAUUUAAUUGUAUAGCUUUUUAAUAUCAUGUUUUGAUAUGAAAAACAAGAUUUUUAUUUUUAUUUCAUAAUCAAAAGGUAUAAACUAACAUUUAUUAAUAAAAAACGGAACAUAUAUGAAGGUUGUUUAUUUAUUAUUUAUUAGAUUUUUAUCAUGUUUAUAAAUCUGAGGUAAUAAAAAUAAUUUACUUAAUUUGUGUUAUUCUUGAGAUGAAUUAUAACUGAAACACUUUAUAUUUUAAUCAUCAUUUUGAGCUGCAAAACAGUGAGUUCUUUUAUAUAGUUAUUUUGUUUAUUAAUUUAACUUUAGUUUUUAUAUCAGUGUACUUAUUUAUUAUGAUGCAUUCUAUAUAUUGUGAUGUUGAGAAUUUUGUGAGAUUUACACCCAUGUGAAAUUCACUAUUCAAAUAAUAAAGAUUAUUGUAUUUCUACUGUUGUUAGGCUUUUUU